AUGAGGAAUUUUGUAAAUAAAAUGAGGAAUUGCUACUAUUUGGUAAUGGUUUUUAAUAUAGUUUCAGUUAUAAAUGCAUUACAAUAAAGUGCUUAUAUUGAAACCGAUUUUAUUGAAGACUUAACAAAACCAGCGCUCAACUCUACACGUUGGAUGGAUUACUCUACUGCUUAACCAUUUUAAUUUGACUAAGACAGUAAAAGAUGGACUACACACAAUCCUGCAUACCUAUAGCUUGGAGUCAGUCUUCCAAAUAACCCUGAUAAUGCUAAAGGUAUGUCUCUCAGGCUUUCUUAAUCUUUUUGUACUGAACCAGGUAAUAAAUGUUGUUUUGGCUCAAAAUGCUCAAAUUGGGCUGGAGUACAUCUAGAAUCAAAUAGCUGUUUUUAAUAUGGUGUCUUCAAAAUCAGGGCAUCUUUCAAGCUAUCUAAUCAAAAUGAUGCACUUUUCUUUUUUGGAAUAUAUGUUGAAAGUGGAAGUAAUAUGGAUUCUUCUUCUGUAUGGAACGAAAUUGAUAUUGGAUAUGGAAACGGUCCAUCUUUCAACUCACAAACAUAAUUUUUACCUGCAACUUUUUCACCAAACGAAAAUAAAAAAGUAUUUGACUCUAAUUCUAAUCCUUCCUACACAGAUAACUUUUCUAAUGGAUACCAUAACUACGCUUUAUACUGGAUGCCAAGUUAUGUAGCAUGGACAAUUGAUGAUGUCGUUUAUUGGAACUCCACAAAUUCAAGUUAAUAUCCAACUCCAUGGAGAUGCUCUAGCUUUAGAAUAAUUUUUAGAACAGAUAAUGGACAAUCAACUGCAUCCGGUGAUCAUUUUGCUUAUAUUUAAAGUAUUUAAUAUAUAUCUAAGGCUACAUACUUAAAUACAAACUCCUAGAAUUCACAAAAAAGCGGCGAUAACUCAAUAAAAUUAUAAGAUCUAUCAAUAAAAUUACUCAUAUUUUGUCUUUUUUAUAUUUUAAUUUGA